GACACUUGUAAGAAGGAAAGAAGUCAGCUUGCCAGAGACACUGUGAAAUGAGGGAUUAGAGUCCGGGACCCAAGAAACAAGAGCAGCAGACAAAAGACGAGCGAACGGGCUCCGAAGAGACUUAUAUUGAGAGGUCUGCCAUGGCCUCCCUUGGCGUCCAACUGGUGGGUUACAUCCUAGGCCUUUUGGGUCUCUUAGGCACAUCGAUUGCCAUGCUGCUUCCCAACUGGCGAACAAGUUCUUAUGUUGGUGCCAGCAUUGUGACAGCCGUUGGCUUUUCCAAGGGCCUCUGGAUGGAGUGUGCUACGCACAGUACGGGCAUCACCCAGUGUGAUAUCUACAGUACUCUUCUAGGACUUCCUGCAGACAUCCAGGCUGCCCAGGCCAUGAUGGUGACAUCCAGUGCUAUGUCCUCACUGGCUUGCAUUAUCUCUGUGGUGGGCAUGAGAUGCACAGUGUUCUGCCAGGAAUCUCGAGCUAAGGACAGAGUGGCUGUUGUGGGUGGAGUUUUCUUCAUCCUCGGCGGCAUCCUGGGUUUUAUCCCAGUUGCCUGGAAUCUUCACAGCAUCCUUCGGGACUUCUACUCACCACUGGUUCCUGAUAGCAUGAAAUUCGAGAUUGGAGAGGCUCUUUACUUGGGCAUUAUUUCAGCCCUGUUCUCCCUGGUGGCUGGAGUCAUCCUCUGCUUUUCCUGCUCUUCUCAGGGGAAUCGUACCAACUACUAUGAUGGCUACCAGGCCCAGCCUCUUGCUACUAGGAGCUCUCCAAGGCCUAGCCAACAGCCCAAAGCCAAGAGUGAGUUCAACUCCUACAGCUUGACUGGGUAUGUGUGAAGAACCAGGGGCCAGAGCUAGGGGUGGGCUGGGGUGGGGUCUGGGACUGCAAAAACAAAUAGUGGACAAUGUCCCGAGGGUCGCAGGCAAGGGAUAUUGCCACUGAAUCGUGUGUAAGGUGCUGCUGAGGAUAGAUCAACUUUGGCUAUUGGAUGGAGUGAAGGCAGAGACGGGGACUGGUGUGACAGUGUGGAGAUGGAAUUGCCAAGGACACUCACCAAGCCAGCCUUUCUAGUUCCCUUACCUUGCCUCACUAAGGCACCUCUGUACCUUGAAUGCUCAAUCUAGAACCACUUUUGGCUAAACCCAGAGAUGCCUUCUGAUCUUUGGUUUACCUGGAAAUCUAUGCCCCUAACCCACUAAUCAUAACCCACUGAUUGAACGUCUGUGAUCAGAAGACCUUCUGCCUCUGGCUAAUGUUGGCUCUUAACUCAAUCGCUGGGGGACAGAGAGAAGAAAAAGUGGUGGCUUCUGUGAGCAUGGCUCUAGCUCCCUUCUCAAACCUCCAUCCCAAGAAAUAGACUGAUCAGAAGCAGGCCCUGAGGCCUCUCUCCCACUUUUGUUAUGAAUGUAACCGCGUCCAGACCGGGCUGUGAAUGAACUGAAGGAAAGCUAUCUAAUGGCAUCCAGCAGAAAGCAAGCGGGUGCAGGAUGGGAGGCCGCCUGGGACCACCAAACAAUCAGAAUCACUUCCUGCAAGAAAGCACAAGGCUGCAGCACUCUGACUCCACGGAGGCAUGGUCAAGAAGCUGCAGUUAACAACUACCACCCGAGCCACCUGCCGCCCUCUGGGGUGUCUGGUCUAACCUCCUGGCUAAGACACAAGACUUGGAGCCCCAGACAAAGGUUUCCUUGGGGACAGUAAACCAGUUUUUCUAGAACUAGAUACUACGCCUUAACCCUGGCCAAGAAAGAAUAAGGACUUCGGUAUCUAAGAAGCUGGGUGGACAUUGAUAGUGGCUGUUGUAUGUGCUCCUACUGUUUCAUAGAGGAAGCCCUAUCAGAAACUUCAGACUUAACGGAAAAGGAACCCUUCGUUCGGGUCUAUACCCAGAGCACUACAGAGCCUUUGAAAGACCAUAGCGCCAGAUAAGUUGUUGGUCACUUUUAAUAUUCAUGUCGUCACCCAUCAGAAGGUAUUUUGGCAGGUAUGCAAGGUCUCCAGGGUGGACAUCUAUGACCUGAGUGAUAGGUGAACUGCCGUCUGGGAUUGUGCUUGAGGUGGGGGGACAGAGCAUGCUUCUCAGCUGAACUGUUUCGCUUUCAAGGUCUUAAAAAAGCUCCAUUUCCCCUGUGAUAGGUGAGGACCAGAAACAGACUUUUCCCCCACCAGCCUAUUAUCACCAGCUUCAGAAGAUGCCCAGCACACCUCGUCCAAACCUCAGUGCCAGCCAGGGAGGCCCGUCUAUGAGGUUUCCUCCACCAUGUCUUUCUUUUUUCUACCGUGUUACCUAUGUUCAAGCUGUUUUACUGACCUGGAAGCCAUUUCCUCUUCACAUCCCCAUGCUUGGAGAACUUGCUCGGCAUCAUUUCCUUCAAUGAGCCUUCUCGGACCACUCCUUCCUGCUCGUACGGCUCCCUCCUCAAAUUCCCCAAUAUAUAAAUCACUUAUUAGUCAUAAUUUUGAUUGAUAACUAGAUAGUCCUCGAAUGUGCACGUGUGUGUGUGUUUGUGUGUGUGUGUGUGUGUGUGUGUGUGUGUGUGUGUGUGUGUGUGUGUGUGUCUGUCUGUCUGAUAUCAAAAGUUCACUGUAAGUACUCGAGGGCCGUUGUUAUAUCUUCGACCUGUCUGUAUGUAUACCCAAGAGUGUCACAGUGCUGGGCACACACAAGAUGAUCAAUAAAUGCUUGUUGAUUGAGCAA